AUGUCUUCGCCGGGAGGGGUGGCAGCAGUGGCAGCACCUGUUAUGGGCCCAGUAGCAGAUGCAGCUGUUGCAUCGUUUGGAGACACUAUCCUUGUCGAGCUUGGCUUGCAUGUCGGAUUCGAUUUGUCGACCAAGCUCGCAAAUGACUUGGUCUUCGACAAGCCCAUCAACAAGCUCGUUCCUAUCCAUUUGAAGCGUCUCGAGACGACGGGGAUGAAGGUUAUUCUGAUAACGCUGAAGUACAAGUCGACGAUGAUGCUGCGCUUGGGUUCUAUCGAAGCUCCGUGCAUUCGGUCCGAGAGCAACGCAGGCGCUGCUGCUCCAAUAGUGGGAGAGGACCACUCCCAUCACCGCAUGUUUCCAGUUUCGGAGUUGUCUAUUCCGGCACCGGCGAACAAGUUCUCGAAGUCGCGUACACCGUCCCCGGAGCCGGCAUUGACGACGCUCCCACCGCCGCCAGUGCCGCGGCGCAUGGUCAUCCUACUUGUUGGACUGAAGCCGCAUAGGAAGAUCUGGACUUCGAGUGCCAGGCCUGGCGAGAGCGUCAUCAAUUAUAUCUUGCUCAAUGGGUGCCCGAGUAUCGUCGUUCCAGUCAAGGUUGGCGCACCACUGGUAACCUGGGACGGUUUGACACUUGAGCAGCUUUGGGAAGUCGAGCUACCAGAGACUAGAGGUGGGAAGAGCGCAAGUGGGAGAUUCGAAGGCAUCAUCAAUGUUCUGUUCGAAUAUCUGGACUUGUGCGUGGAUUAG